AUGCUGCCUAUUUCCAAGGUGGAUGACUCAGAGCGGUCCAGAAUUCCCGUGGUUGAGAAGGAGGCAUAUGCACAGAGCAUCCAGCGCUUCGGUGUGGACAACUUCGGCAAGAUUGGAGGUCGCUGCCUGAUGAACCAACUUGGCAUCGGCCGGGCAGAGGAGGCAUGGCUCCAUGAGGUGAAGCACUUCCUGAGAGCAUGGUCCGAAGGUGUUGGCACAGUUUCCUCCGAUUGGAAGGCACAGACGGCGCAUCGUCGCAUCUAUGCCUUUGCCGAGUUCUCCUUUGCGAGCACAUUCCUGCCGGGGAAAAGCCUCUUGGAAGGAAGCCUGUUCCAGCUGAACGGCCUCCAUGCCGACCCAGAGUUUACAUUCCGGCCGUGGCUUUGUGCCGUGCAGCUGCCCAUCAGCAAGUGGGUUGACAGGAGCCUUUGCGCGGAGUUCCAGCUUCUCGGCGAGGUGUGUGAACUACUCCACCGCUCGGGCAUAGAUUUGACUUGCCCGGAGCUGAGAUACUCAGUCCACGGGGACCUGAACCUGUACCUCUCCGAGCCGUCCUGCGUUUCCUGCGUUGGUGCCAUGAAACAAUUCCAGACGCUGCUUCCAGGUGCAAACCUCUUUGUCGAAUGUGGAAGUGUGAUUGAGCCGUUGACGGCCAGAAGACAGCAGCUGAAGACCCGAGGAUCGCCGAGGAACGAGGGCAUCCCUUCUUCGGCUUCGUUGUCAUCUGACUAA